UUUGUGGGUCUCCUGGGUCCCCCAAGGGGACUCAGGGCUUCAGGCUGCGGGAGGAGGAGGAGGAACUGGUUCAUUAGCAGAACUGUCCAGGAACCAAGACUAGAACGAGACAGCUGGAGGACUCACCGCAAAAGCAGUUGAGGGUGCCUCCCGGCUCGUCUCACCCCGCGAUGGCAGUGGAUAUUGAGUACAGGUACAACUGCAUGGCUCCUUCCCUGCGCCGAGAGCGGUUCACCUUCAAGGCCUCCCCAAAGCUGAGCAAGCCACUGAGGCCCUGCAUUCAGCUGGGCAGCAAGGAUGAAGCCAGCGGGAUAGUGGCCCCUGCGGUGCAGGAGAAAAAGGUGAAAAAGAGGGUGUCCUUCGCGGACAACCAAGGGCUGGCCCUGACAAUGGUCAAAGUGUUCUCAGAAUUCGAUGACCCAUUAGAUAUUCCAUUUAACAUCACUGAGCUCCUAGACAACAUUGUGAGUCUGACGACAGCAGAGAGCGAAAGCUUUGUCUUGGACUUUGCCCAGCCCUCCACGGAUUACUUAGACUUUAGAAAUCGACUUCAGGCCAACCACGUCUGCCUUGAAAACUGUGUGCUGAAAGACAAAACCAUCACAGGCACCGUGAAGGUGCAGAACCUCGCAUUUGAGAAGAUCGUGAAAAUCAGGAUGACAUUUGACACUUGGAAAAGCUUCACAGACUUCCCUUGCCAGUACGUGAAGGACACUUAUGCAGGUUCAGACAGGGACACAUUCUCCUUUGACAUUAGCUUACCUGAAAAGAUCCAGUCUUAUGAAAAGAUGGAGUUUGCUGUGUGCUAUGAGUGCAACGGCCAGACAUACUGGGACAGCAACAAAGGCAAAAACUACAGGAUCAUCCAGGCCGAAUUAAAGUCCACUCAGGUCGAGUCGCAAAAUGGCCCGGAUUUUGGGAUAGCCUUUGACCAGUUUGGGAGCCCUCGGUGUUCCUAUGGUCUGUUUCCAGAGUGGCCGAGUUACUUAGGAUAUGAAAAGCUAGGCCCUUAUUAUUAGGGACUGCAGUUGAUCGGUUGUGGCUCUGAUCGCCCUGGGUUGGAGAAGCCAAGCAAAGAGCAAAGCUGAACUUCCAUCAGGCACCAUUUGUGAAAAGAAAGGAUCCUGUUCACUUUUUUCUGAAACCAGAAAAUUCAGCCAGUUUUAGCUCACGGAACUGGCUUCUCACGCAGAGGUGACACGCUGGUCCCUUGUGACAGACACCUGAAGCUGCCACAAGAAUGAGGAGGACAGUGCCAGGAAGGCUCUGGAAAGGAACCAAGCCUGUAGGCAGUGCUGGCAAGGCUGGAGGAGCCUGCCCUCCCUCUGUACUUGGACGCAGAAAGUCAGUCACCUGAAAGUGACUCAGUCCCUGUCCACCCCAGUGGGACCCACGUGGUCAUCCACCUUUGGUGUUCUCCACCAUCCAGGCCUUUCCUACAACUCAUACCACCCUUACCUCUGUGCUGCGACACAGCCAUUGCUGUGAUGUUCAGCGAGAUCCCUCACAGCUGUAAGAGGACAGAUGCAGUCACCUCCUUUUCUGCAAAUUCAUUUCUUUGCAUUACAUUUUUUUUCCAUGGUUUGUCUGAUGUUCAGAAGAGACUAAAGGCAAAUAAAUAGCCUGUGACUGAAAGAGGCAUUUCCUCUCCCCUCUUCCUGACCCCGCAUCUAUGUUCCAGCAGACAGCAACAUACCAGCAAUGGAAAAGCUGUGUGGCAUCGCAGACUGCAGGAUGGUGAUGAGGCAGGAUCGUUGGUGUAUGGGACACUUGCAGCUUUUCCUCUCGGCUUUUUGGAAGAGCUUUCUAAGCACUCGCCGUCACCCUGAGUCACUAGAAGCCUCAAUGACAUGAUUUGUUUUCACUUGUUUGGCUGGUUUGCAAGCCUCCUUCAUUCUUUCACACAGAAUUGUGGCUCUCUUCCUGGAGAGUCAUCUCGAUUCUGUGUUUAGAAUAUUUGAUUUGCAGAUCCAUGAAGCCCUCAAAAAAUGUUUGGUUUUAUUUCACCUGCAGUAUCCCGAACACUUUACAAGCCCCCAGGGACACUGACGGGUGUUCUUAUUUAUGGUGUGCGAGUAUGUAUAGGGUUGGGGAGAAGCCCUCAUCACAUUCUCAUAUAUUUAACUGUUUGCCAACUCUGAAAAAGCAGUGGUUCACUGUUCUCAACCAUAUUGGACUAAAGUAUGUUGGAGAAUGUUGUUGUGAGAUUCCUGGGACAUUUGUUGUCGGAUGGAUUCCCCAAACCUGUGAUUUUUCUUGGGCAAGAUUGGUUUUUACUUAAGGGUAUUUGAAUAAUAUUUUUACAUGUAUAUUUGUAGAAAUUUUGAUUGGUUUUUUCUUGGUUUCAGAGUUUGGUUAAAGAACUAUUUAAGUCUCUAUUUGCCUGAUCUUACUAAAAGUGAGGUUUUCUUAGGCACGCAGGAAAAGGGAAUGCACCAUUGCCGAGCUUUGGAGGCACAGCUGCUGCACUUGUCAAGCAGAGUCUUGUGCUUGAAUUUUCCAGAUUAACUAAAAAGAUCUGAUUUCUGUGACUCUGGGAUCAGUGUCAGCCUGGUAUUGAGUACCUUGGCUCUUGGACUUUGGUAGUUGGGGACUAUUUUUCUUUUUCUUUUCAUUUUUGAACUUUUAUUUUCAUUUUGAAUAUUUUCAGUUUUAACUUUAAAUGCUAAGUGAUAUUUCAUGUAAUUCUUGUCACCGAACUUAGCUGUUACUAGUCCACAAUCUAGGACUUUAUGUUUUGUACCUCUGCCAGGUAGGUAGCACUUUGGGAUUACAUAAUAAUGUAAUUUAUGGGGAAAUCACAUUUGUAUUUUAUGCUGAAAUUGGGCAAGACUGUGUUUCAUCCAAGCACCAGGUCCACAAGUGGUACUUUUAAUAGAACUAUUAGGUCAGAACUAUUAAUAGCAUAAAUCCAAAUCAAAUGGAAGCAAAACUGAUCCCAUUUAGGUUGCAAGCUUUAUUUUGGGUUGAGAAGUGCCCCCACACCCCCAGUGAAAGACAGGGACAAGGUACAUUGUUACCUACAAGUAGCCAGAGUAAGGAUAAUCCUGUGUUCCAAAGAAAGGGUCCUCAAGUGACUCUAGCAUAAACUCUUUUGGUUUUGUGUAAUAAUGAUCCUGAGACAUUCCCCUGUCAAAAUUUGAAAUAUGGUAAUUCAGCGAUAAGUAUCUCCCCUACAGCAGCUGUAAGUCCCCCACCCCUUCUUUCUCCCAGCUCACUCCAGCCUUUUUUGCUGAGGGCACUGGUUGCAAGCCCCCAGCUGACACACCUGGCGUGUGCACCCACCCCUCUGUUCAGAAGGCAAGUCCUCACUUGGCUGCAGGAAGCCUGCUUCCCCUUGAAGAACAUCUUGCCUGACUUCAGCAAUGAGGACUGUCACUUACCUGAGAUCUGAACACCGUGCCUGUGCCUUCCUGCUGCUGCUCCCCGCCCCCAACACCCCUUCUCCAUUAGGCCCAGUCGCUGGUGCUUCUCUCAGAUGAGCUCAGGGGACGCAUGGAGAGGUUCUCCCCUUCUUUGUUCCUAGCUCACCAUUUGGCCUCCACGUUUCAGAGGCUGACAGGCUCCUCAGUUAGAGUCUUGCCUUGCCUGGCCUGGACCUCUGAUACCAUUCUUGGUUGCCAGGACGAAUAGUCCCUGGUUGUCCCGCCUUUCCCACUUGCCCCAUGGUCCCAACUUCCCGUCACUGUGCAGUAAUGUUGUAGUUUGAGAGUGUGGAAGUAACUCCAUUUUUGUUUGAUAUUUAUUUUCCAAAAUGCCCCCUGGCACUUUGCAAAUUGGAUGCAAUAAAUAAGCUGAACUAUAUAAAAUAUAUAGUAAAUAAGCUUUCAGUGUCUCUUGGAAGGUGUUUCUUGGAAGCAUGGAAAGGGGCUUUUUAAAAGCUAUUCUUACUAGAGGCGAGCUAAUGAGAAAUAAUGGAGCUAUGCAGAUCUCCGGAAAUUAAAAUAAUGAGUCAGUGAUGGAAUUUAUCUCUAAGAUUUAAUUUUAAUGGUGAUAAAAAUGAUGUUUUUUUUUUUAAAGAUGUAAGCUUUGAACUGCUUUGAAGUUUUCAAUCUUUACAUAUCAUUUGCUUUUUAAAAACAAAUAUAAUUUGUCAUUUGGAUAUGAGAUGGGUUUUAUAUGCUCCUUUUUUUAGAAAUGCCCAUUUGGUGAGUCUUCUCUCUCAAAGAACAGUGACUGCAAACUUUGGUCUUCUUUUUAAUUUCCUCCACUGGCUCCAGACCCAGUGUUUCUUUGCCGGGGGUUGGGGGUAAUGAGGGGUUUUAUCUGACUGUCUCUCCCCAAAGGAUUACUAAAAUUGGAGAUAAGAAGUUACACUGAUAAUGGAAUCUUACCUAUAGUGGGAUCUCACAGGGUUACCAAAGACAGUUUGGCAGCUUAUUUUAGCUUCCUGAAGUGGCGCAACACGUCAGGGACAAGCAGUUUAUACUGGUCAUGUUUGUAAGUUGCAAAGUUGUGAAUGUUUUUACAGUUGUGUUGAUAGCUUCGGAGAGACUGCUGGCUGUGUGGGACUUGGAGGAAAGUGCAGCUGUGAUGAUGUUUCAUUUUUACCUCAAUGUGAAUGUAGAAUUGAGGACUCAUCUUCAUUUUAUGCAUAAAAGUGCCUUGUCAAAAAUUUCUGCAUGUUUUUAAAAAAUAAAUAUUUUUGUACACAAAGUUAAAGGGGAAAUGCACUUUAAAAAAUCACAAGAAUGGCUGGGUUUUUUUUUUGUGUGUGGUACCAAGAGAGUGAUUUGUUUGUAUCUAUCUCAAAAGCAACAAGUAAUAAAGAUAGAGAGAAAACAAAA